AUGGAAAGAUCCGUACAAAAGAGACACUCCGUGAGACAGCAUUGUAAUCUCCAGUCCUUCCUUCUCUUUGAAAUGCUUGAGCAGCUCUUCCAAAGUGAUAUUUCCAUAGACAUCAAAUCUAUCCCAAAUUCUAUCAAACUUUUUGUUGUUGUACUGGUCCGCAAAGAAGCGGCAAGCUUUUCAAUUGCUCCUUGGUCCAAAACAGCACCUGCGUUUGGAUCAGGAUCGCUGUCAUUGGCUUGGAUCUUCACAUCUGACAGUGGCUUGAAUGGUUCCAAGGAAAUACUGGAUAGCACAGCUUCACUCGGUCAAGUUUGGAAUCACAACCUGAGUGUUACCCUUGGUUCCCAAAGUACCCGAUUCAAGCAAAGGCUUCUUGAAGAACACACAUCUUCUGUCAACGUAGCUUCUGGCCUCGACAUUAUCCAAGGCGUUGGUAACAAAGUCGAGGUUUUCCCAGAAUUUGUUGUCGAAGAUGUCCUCCGUGUCAGGACCAACUUUGUCAACUUUAGGCUCGAUUUUGCCCUUCAGGUCUGGGUUCAUAACAGUGACAGCUUGAGAAGAGACCUCAGACUUGUUCUUUCCGACAUCUUUUGGUCUGAACAAGAAUUGUCUGUUUAA